GGUGUCCUCCACUGCCUCUUGGCCACAGGGCACUGGCCGCAGCCUUGCAGAGAGGGGGGUACCAACAGCAGACCCCAAAACGUCCCUAGGGCCACCUGCGGGGUUGCAGCUAAGGGUUGAAGCCUGCCUGGGGCACAGCCAGCCUUCCCCUUGUCACAGGCCCUGCCAUCCUUGGGGGGACAUGCCUGGGAGUCCCAGCCAGGGCUGUGGCUCUGGGUGGGAGGCUGGCCCUGGGCCCAAGUGUCAUUUGGUCCCUGUGGGUGACCUGAGCUCACAGGGUCGCUGCAGUGAGUGCUGGGGCUGCCGGGUAGUGCAGAGGGUCCAAGCAUAGCCCGCCAGCAUCAGGCCUGGGGCAGGCCCCUGCCCAGGGUCCCCCUCCGCCAGUCUGCACCCCUCCCAGAAAAGCCCCCGCACUGCCCCCCCCUGCACACAGGUGGGUGGGGCUGAGGUGUGCUGGCCUCUGGCAGGCUGGGCGACUGUUUGCACAACGGGGUGGAGGGGAAGGGCUGAGCGGAACUCGGAGGGAGGCCCCUCCCAGCAUGCGGCACUCUGGGCCACUGCCACCCGUGCCGGGCAGUAGCCACCACAGGGCUGUUGCCGUGGUCCCGACGUGCUGGGUCCUGCCCUGCCUCCACAAAGGCUGGGCCAAGGCCUGUCCCUCCAAGGACAGGAAGUCAGUUAGGUUAACAGGCCACAGGCUUGAGGGCUCAGGCCCCUGCAUGGAACCCAGGCACAACGCCCGUUUUCCAAGGCGCACAGUCCGGUGGGGAGGCCUCAGGCGGUGCCCCUGCCCAGACCGCGGAGGAGCAGGCUGUCCAGAGCGCGGGCAAGGGAGACAAGUGCCGGAGAGUGCAGGGGCCUGACCGGGUGGGAGGCCAGGCCUGGGGGCCGGGACCUCAGCAGGCCCCUGUGCCCCAGACCCUUGAGGGAGCUGCUUGGCAGGAGUGCUGGUUUGGGACGGACACUGGGCCCUCAGGUGCGAGGCCUCCUGGAAGGGCCAUUCCAAGGACUCCGUGCACCCCGCCACGGUCCUCCCCUGCUCAGCUGCCGACAGCCUGGGGUCCCAGGGCCCUUAAGGACUUUGGGGGACCAGCUCUCCCAAGCACCCCGACCUGGGAUAUCAGCUAUCUGUGGGCCAAGAGUCCAGGUUAUUUUGGGGCUGGUUCACAUGCGAAUCCCCCAAGCCCACGCAUGGAGGCCCACGGUGGGAGCCCCUUCCGUGCUGGGUCUGAACAGGGCAGCCACAGGGCUUUGCUUGAACACCGGCCACCCUGCAGCUCGGCCUGUCUGCAUGCCAGGGUUGCACCGGGAGGUGGGAACGGUGGCCUGACAUUUCACUCCCCUUCCCCACCCCCCACAGCCCUAAACCAUCCAUCGGGCAGACAGCUGGCUGAGGUCAGCUCCUGGACUACAGGCUGGGGGCUGCACAUUGAAGUGUGGUUCGCACGCCAGGCCAGGUGGGUGGGUACACGUGGCCGUGCUGAGCCUUAGUCUGGGGGCUUCUUGUCCAAAUGCUACUCACCUCCUUGACACAGAAGACCACCCUCCCUACAAGAGUCCUUUGUGGCAGCACCAAGGCCACCCAGGCCCCAGAACAGGCCACACCCUCCCGGCCGGAGUCCUGGCACCACCCUAACCCUCUGCCGUCCUCCCAGCCCUGGGUUCAGGGGGCACGGCGUCUCCUGCCUCCCCAGAUACCCUCGCCUGCCUGCAGGGCGGGUACAGCCUGGGUAGGCAGGGCAGAGGGAUGAGGACUUCGGAAAGUUGGGGUGCCUGCUCCCCACCACCCCUGCUGGCAAGCGCCAGGCACUGCCGGUGCAGCCAGGAGAGCCUCAGAGGUCUCCUCUUCCCACUUGCUGGAGAGAAACGCUGAGUGGUUUCCUUGGCCUCCCACAGCCCACUUGAUUUAUUUUAAAAAGCGCAAUGAACAUCUCUGAACCCACCACCCAAAACCAGCCGGGAGCCCUGGAUGACCCCCUGCUUCCUCGGCGUGGCUGCAUCACGGCGCAUUCCUGAAGCGCACAUGCUUUUCAGUGUUUGUUACCCGCUGCACAGUCUCGGGGACUCUGAACUCCAACGUGGACGAGACCUGAGCAGAUGCUCCGUGCCCGCCUGGCACGUCGGCUGUGGGAGGACGGUCCUUCCGUCCCAUCCCGGCUCCACCAGGGCGGCGGAGGGGGUGGGCUCUGGGCAGGCUAGGCAAAGGCCCCGGUCCGGGCUCUGAAGGUGGGCUCUGCCUGCGGGGGCCUGGGGGUGAGCUGUUCUGCUCCGGUGGGCUGCGUCUGUCCUGUCAUCACCCUGACAGCCAAGGUCGGUCCCUGGGGGUCUGGUCAUCAAGCAGCACUAGCAGCAGCUGCGUGGAACACCCAGGAAGCCCUCGGAAAACAGCCCCCAGACACUACGUGCAUCAGGGCUCCCGGGGGCAGCACUGGUGGUGGGGUGGACGGGCAGGGGCUGAGGCGGCGUCGUCAGGAGCCUCCCGCACUGAACGUGCUCAGACUCUCCCGGCAGGGCCCUGUCCUCGGGGUUACGCGUACACCUUGGAUGCAGACGGCCACCCACAGGGCUCUGCUAGGCCGGGGUCUCUGCUCACCUUUGCAGGAGGGAUCCCGGGAAAGGGGGCAGGGGUGGAGCCAAGACGGGUUAUGAAACCGAGGGCCAGCGCUCCUGGCUGCAGGCCGGAGGCGGCCGGGCGGGGAGGGAGUGCUGGGAGUUCUCAGGCAUUGGCUGAAGCAUGGUGUUCACGCCACAGAAUCCACAGACAUUACACGCCAGAGCUUUUCUCUCCCAGAAGAGCUGGUUCACAGCCCACCACCGGUGGGGAGGCUGCGCAGGCUGCACUAAGCCACCCCAGGUCUUGGGACGCUGGCCCGGCACUGUCCUUGGUGAGGCGAGCCAGCCCUCCUGGCCAUGGGAGGAGCCGUGGUCGAUGAGGGUCCCACGGGCGUCAAGGCCCCCGACGGGGGCUGGGGCUGGGCCGUCCUCUUCGGCUGUUUCGUCAUCACCGGCUUCUCCUACGCCUUCCCCAAAGCCGUCAGUGUCUUCUUCAAGGAGCUCAUGCACGAGUUUGGGAUCGGCUACAGUGACACGGCCUGGAUCUCCUCCAUCCUGCUUGCCAUGCUCUACGGGACAGGCCCGCUGUGCAGCGUGUGUGUGAACCGCUUUGGCUGCCGCCCCGUCAUGCUGGUGGGCGGCCUCUUUGCGUCCCUGGGCAUGGUGGCUGCGUCCUUCUGCACAAGCAUCAUCCAGGUCUACCUCACCACGGGGGUCAUCACUGGCUUGGGUUUGGCGCUCAACUUCCAGCCCUCGCUGAUCAUGCUCAACCGUUACUUUAACAAGCGGCGCCCCAUGGCCAACGGGCUGGCGGCAGCGGGCAGCCCCGUGUUCCUGUGUGCCCUGUCCCCGCUGGGGCAGCUGCUGCAGGACCACUACGGCUGGCGGGGCGGCUUCCUCGUCCUGGGCGGCCUGCUGCUCAACUGCUGCGUGUGCGCCGCGCUCAUGAGGCCGCUGGUGGCGUCCCAGCCGGGCGGGGGGCAGGGGCCCCAACGGCCCCCGCGGCGCCUGCUGGACCUGAGCGUCUUCCGGGACCGCGGCUUCGUGCUCUACGCAGCGGCCACCUCCAUCAUGGUGCUGGGGCUCUUCGUGCCGCCGGUGUUUGUGGUGAGCUAUGCCAAAGACAUGAAAGUCCCCGACACACAGGCCGCCUUCCUGCUCACCAUCCUGGGCUUCAUUGACAUCUUCGCGCGGCCCGCGGCCGGCUUCCUCACGGGGCUCCAGAAGGUGCGGCCCUACUCCGUCUACCUCUUCAGCUUCGCCAUGUUCUUCAACGGCUUCACCGACCUCACGGGCUCCACGGCCAGCGACUACGGCGGCCUGGUGGUCUUCUGCAUCUUCUUCGGCAUCUCCUACGGCAUGGUGGGGGCCCUGCAGUUCGAGGUGCUCAUGGCCAUCGUGGGCACCUCCAAGUUCUCCAGCGCCAUUGGCCUCGUGCUGCUGCUGGAGGCGGUGGCUGUGCUCAUCGGGCCGCCGUCGGGAGGCAAGCUCCUGGACGCCACGCACGUCUACAAGUACGUGUUCAUCCUGGCGGGAGCCGAGGUGCUCACCUCUUCCCUGGUGCUGCUGCUGGGCAACUGCUUCUGCAUCAGGAAGAGGCCCAGGGAGCCCCGGCCCGAGGCAGCCGCCGCAGAGGAAGAGAAGCUCCACAGGCCCCCGGCAGACACGGGGGUGGACUCUCGGGAGGUGGAGCACUUCCUGAAAGCAGAGCCUGAGAGGAACGGGGAGGUCGUGCACACCCCGGAAACCAGCGUGUGAGGGCGGGGCGGGCUGGCAGGGCACAGGGAACAGGUACAGAGACUGGCAACGCUCGUAUUUAUUUCACAAACAGGACUAGCUUAGGCGGGGCCCUCACUCGGCUCCGGGGGCCUGGUCGGCGGGUCGUCACCUGAGCAGUGUUUUGCGGGGGAGGUGGUGGAGUGGGAACCGUGUCAUUCCAAAGCCGAUCUGUGGUGAAGCCAAGCCUGGAGGUUAUGAACCGUCCGCGCCCGGGGCCCAGCCUGCUGACCCCCAGCCCUGAGCCUGCUGUGCUCAAGGACCUAGAAACCCACGCUUCAGAGACAACACUUUAAUCAGAGGGCGGGGCAGGGACAGGCUGGCAGGCGGGCGCUGCCGGGGGCCCCCGUCCUGCACCCUCAGGCCCUGCAGCGCUGCCCCGUGCCCACCCUCCCAGUGCCCACCCGAGGAAGGUGGGAAGUAAACCCGCGCAGGAGGCGGCCCAGGAGGAUCCUUUCCUAGAAGUGUGUGGAGCCGUGUUCUCUGUGGUCUGUUUGCCCCGAAUCUCACUUCUGUUAAGAAAUGACCUGGUGAUGGUCACAGAGUGGC